GGUUCCAGCCUCCCAGUGUUCACCUGAUGGAGAAUGUGGCAGGUGGCCUACCCACUGGGGCAGUGGCUGCUGUGCUGAAGCCCAGUGAGGGACUACCUGAGGGGAGCUUGACAGUGCAUGGCUAUGACUUUGACCGUGGAUUAGACUAUCAUGCCUUGCUCCAGUCUUACCUCACCACGGGUUUCCAGGCUACCAGCUUUGGGCAGGCUGUGAACGAGAUCAACCGCAUGAUAGAAGCGAAGCUGACACCACUGGCCGAGGAUGAAGGGAACCAUGCCGACCUGAAUCCCUGUUCCCGCCACCUAACAGGCUGUACAAUCUUCUUGGGCUUCACUUCCAACCUCAUCAGCUCAGGUGUCCGUGAGACCAUCCGCUUUCUGGUGCAGCACAACAUGGUGGAUGUGCUGGUGACCACAGCAGGUGGUGUGGAAGAAGAUCUAAUCAAAUGUUUGGCACCCACUUACCUUGGAGACUUCAGCUUGCGUGGCAAGGAACUACGACAGAGUGGGAUUAACAGGAUUGGGAAUCUGCUGGUGCCCAAUGACAAUUACUGCAAGUUUGAGGACUGGCUGAUGCCAAUCCUGGACCAGAUGGUGACAGAGCAGGACACAGAGGGGGUGAAGUGGACUCCAUCAAAGUUCAUUGCUCGUCUUGGCAAGGAAAUCAACAAUCCUGAAUCUGUCUAUUACUGGGCACAAAAGAACAGCAUCCCUGUGCUGAGUCCAGCGUUGACUGAUGGAUCCCUGGGGGACAUGAUUUUCUUUCACUCCUAUAAGAAACCAGGCCUUGUGCUGGACAUUGUGGAAGAUCUGAGGCUCAUCAAUACGCAGGCCAUAUUUGCCCGGAAAACAGGAAUGAUACUGGGAGGGACUUGUCAAGCACACAUUGCUAACGCCAACCUCAUGAGAAACGGUGCUGACUUUUCUGUAUACAUCAACACGGCACAGGAGUUUGAUGGCUCAGACUCAGGAGCUCGGCCUGACGAAGCAGUUUCCUGGGGGAAGAUCCGCAUGGAUGCCAAGCCUGUCAAGGUUUAUGCUGACGCUUCCCUGGUUUUCCCACUGCUGGUUGCGGAAACCUUUGCACAGAAACCAAAUGCCUUUGCUCCAGAGAAGCAAAACGACUAAGCCGCGGACUGCUGCGUGCCCAUGUGCUUCUCCCACAUACCAUUGCAGCUGCUGGCACCUGCACUGAGACUGUUUUGCAACAUCUGUUUGGAUGAAUGGAAGGCAGUCGAACCAUUAGCACGACAUCAUUCUCUUCCAUGCUGAAUAGAAGCUGAGCCCCAGUCUUAUAGUCAGAAAGCAGCGGUCUGUUACUUGUGUGUAAUCGCAACCCAUCCUCCUCAUGAGCUUGCCGAGAGGAUAGUGUUUCUGUCUUUUUGCUCUUGUAAAUCCUAUACACUCUGAGACACUUGGUGAUGUACCUGCCUCUCCAGCAUGCUGCUUUCGUGAUAGUAGGAUGGUCCUUGGAUUCUGAAGUUGACAUUUUUUCCCCUCCCUUUAACAACUGGCCCAGCAGUAUCUCUCUGCUCAUGGCCUCCCUGCCCACUUCAUUUUAAUUCUUGGAUUUUCUUCUCUGUCUCUUUUAUUUACUGAUAUGACGUGUGUCCAUCUGGAAUCUGCUUGAGAUCCCCCAGCCUCCAAAUAAACCACUGUACUGUA